UAAUAUUCGCUUAGCUGGACAACAAUGACGUCUGGGCUGUUCAAAUCUUUCAUUCUCGUCUUCGUCAAAAGGGUAUUACCAUUUCCUCUCAAGAGCUUCUACUACAAUGCAGACGAGAAGUGUUCAAGUAAAUAAUGUCUCAGAUCUAGCGACGGAGAGGGAGAUUCACGAGUUCUUCUCUUUCUCAGGCGACAUAGAACACAUUGAAAUCCAAAAGUGCAGAGAAGUUGGGCAGUCUCGAGUCGCAUUUGUUACGUUUACUGAUCCAAAAGCCCUUGAAAUCGCCUUGUUAUUAUCGGGUGCGACGAUUGUGGACCAGAUUGUUACAAUAACUCGAGCUGAAAGCUAUGUUCAAAGACGUGAGAUGCAGGAAGUAAGAAUGAUCAACAACCCGAUGCACCUUGGUAAUCCAGAGAGUGCUAUACAGACCAAAACUACCGUGGAUGGCAAUAGUAGAGCAUAUGUUAGCAAAGCGCAAGAUGUGGUGGCAACUGUUUUGGCAAAAGGUUCUGCUCUUGGACAAGAUGCCGUGAAUAAAGCCAAGGCUUUUGACGAAAAGCAUCAAUUUAGAGCCAAUGCUUCUGCCAAGGUUUUAUCUUUUGACAAGCGAGUUGGGCUUACUGAGAAGUUAACUGUUGGUAUAUCUGCUGUUAAUGAGAAAGUAAAAUCUGUUGAUCAAAAGCUUCAGGUCUCGGAUAAAACCAUGGCAGCAAUAUUUGCAGCCGAGAAGAAAUUAAACGACACGGGUUCAGCUGUCAAAUCAAGCAGGUACGUGACUGCUGGAGCUGCUUGGUUUAGUGGCGCUUUCAGUAAAGUGGCGAGAGUAGGUCAGGUUGCUGGCUCAAAAACCAAAGAGAAGUUCAAUCUAGCUGUCUCAAAUAUUAGUUCCAAGGAUACACCGAUUGCAGUAUAAUGAAAAGCUUGGAAAUCUAGUAAGCGUUGGAGUCAUGAUCAACGAAAGUUGCUAUGCUGGCUUUGUUGUGUAAACAAAUUUUUUGUGAAGCGUAUUCUCAUUCUUUUAGUGUUAUUCAUAUUUCUGUGUGUGCUGCAUCGUCCUCAAUUUUACUUCAUUUGCAAGUGUCUUUGGAUUUCCCUGUUUCCUAGUUAAGGCCCGGUCUUUGAUUGUAUCGUGUUGCAUUGAUGGACACUGUACCAGAAUUGAAGGUCGAUGACUUACAAUUGCUUAUAUUCGAUAAUAGUUUCACUUACUAUA